AUGGCGACCGCUCAGCCUAAUCUCUACAGCUUCCCCACCACCGAUGCUCUCGCAGAGCAAUUGCGCCCGUAUGUUCUGCGAAGCCAGAAUGCUGCCCUCGCUCGCCACGAUACCUUCCGCGUCGCCGUCUCCGGUGGCUCUUUGCCCACUGUCCUAGCUCGUGCUCUGCUCGCCCCUGGCAACGGUACUGCCGAGGAUACUCCCCAAUUCGCCAAGUGGCACAUCUUCUUCGCUGAUGAGCGUGCUGUGCCUCUCGAUCACGUCGAUAGCAACUACCGUCUUCUCCAGGAGGAACUGCUGCACAAGAUUCCCGCGGAGCUCGGAGCUCCGACCGUGUACCCCAUCGAUGCCGAAGCCGUCAAGAAGGAUGAUACUCAACAGCUGGCCGAUCUCUACCAGGAUGAUCUGAUGCGCGUAUUCGCUGCUAAGGACAGCGUGAAGCUUCCUGUCUUCGACCUCAUCUUGCUGGGUUGUGGUCCUGAUGGUCACACCUGCAGUCUUUUCCCUGGUCAUGAUCUACUGCGCGAGAAGGACGCCUGGGUUGCUGCUGAGACCAACUCGCCCAAGCCCCCGCCUAAGCGUAUCACCUUGACUCUGCCUGUUGUUACUUCUGCUAUCCAGAUUGCGUUUGUGGCAACCGGCGCUGGCAAGAAGGAUAUCAUGAAGGCCAUCUUUGACAGCGAGGAGGGUCGCAGUCUUCCCUCCGCGUUGGUCAACCAAGGUGGUGGUGAGAAGGUCAGCUGGUUCACAGACCACCCGGCCAUCGAGGGUGUUGCUUUCCCCCGUCGCGGUAACCUGUGA